GGAAAAAAAAAGCGAAGCUUUCGAGCUCCUAACAAUAGGAGCAAAAGAGACAGCAACGACAGCGCAGUUUUGGUGCGAAUUUCGGAGGAAAUUCGGUGGGAAUUUUCGGGAGGUGGAGGAAGAGAGGGAACGCGGCGAUCUUUGCGGCGACGACGAUGCUGCUGCGGUGGCUGGCGCGGCCGGCGGAGAGGUGCCUGGGGCGAGGCGGCGGCGGCGGCGGAGGGGGAGGAGGGGAUGGGUUGCUGUGGCACGCGGAGCUGAAGCCGCACGCGAGCGGGGAGUACUCCAUCGCGGUGGCGCAGGCGAACGCGGAGCUGGAGGACCAGGGGCAGGUGGUGACCUCGCCGGCGGCGACCUUCGUCGGCGUCUACGACGGCCACGGUGGCCCCGAGGCGUCCCGCUUCAUCUCCUCCCGCCUCUUCCCCCACCUCCACAGGUUUGCAUCUGAGCAAGGUGGCAUGUCCACCGAUGCAAUCAAGAGGGCAUUCCAUGCCACGGAGGAGGAGUUCUUGCACAUGGUCAAGCGAUCCUGGCUCAAGCAGCCACAGAUUGCCUCGGUUGGUUCAUGCUGCCUCGUCGGAGCAAUCACCGAUAACGUUCUAUAUGUCGCCAAUUUAGGGGACUCGAGGGCCGUCCUUGGCCGUAGGGGGCCUGAUGGUCGGGAGGUAGUGGCUGAGAGACUAUCCAAUGACCACAAUGUUGCAGAGGAGGAGGUCAGAAAGGAGCUCACUGAGCAGCAUCCUGAUGAUUCACGUAUAGUCAUCUAUACCCGAGGAGUUUGGAGGAUUAAGGGCAUCAUUCAGGUUUCCAGAUCAAUUGGAGAUGUAUACCUGAAGAAGCCUGAAUUUGCUAGAGACCCUAUAUUCCGGCAAUAUGUUUGUUCCAUUCCAUUGAAGCGACCUGUCAUGACGGCUGAACCAUCGAUCAAAGAACAUCAGUUGAGGCAGCAAGACUUAUUCUUGAUAUUUGCAUCGGAUGGUCUGUGGGAGCAGCUAACUGAUAAAGCAGCGGUUGAUAUCGUCUUCAAGAAUCCCAGAGCAGGGAUAGCGAAGCGAUUGGUGCGAGCAGCGCUGACUGAAGCGGCGAGGAAACGAGAGAUGAGAUACACUGAUAUCAAACAUAUAGAGAGAGGCAGCAGGCGGAAUUUCCACGACGAUAUCACAGUCGUUGUGGUCUAUCUUGACCAUCACAAGCAUGGUGUGCGGCCUAAUUUGGGUAACAGAAACAGUUUCCGGUUCACCAAUGCGCCGGUUGACAUCUUCUCCGGCAGCUCAGAAGAGGUGGAUCACCACCCUCUCAGGCUGAAUCUUGCAAUGGAUGGUGCUGUGGGUUAGGUUUGUGUUUUUGCAUAAAAAACCAAAUAUAGUCAAAAGAAAAGUGACAAAAAGGGUGAAUUCUCUUUUCUGUCACAUAGAUUGAGCCAAACACAACUUUCACCAAGAUAUCAAAAUAUGGGAUGCAUUUAGAGGUUUGAGGUUUUGCUUUUCAUUUUUUACAUAGUGGGUUUGUAUAAAGUUGUCCUAGACUCCAAACGAAUGUCUCUUCUCCAAGCAAGUUGAUGUUUCUGGAGAAAGAGUCUCAUUCCUUUUGGAGAUUAUUGUGGCCUUGUGGGGGAUCAAUCAUCAAAGACUGAUCCUCAAAACAGAAAAAGGAAAAUCUAAAGAUUGUUCCUAAAUCCUCAUGGAUCCUUUGCAUAUCUAACAAGCUAAGGAUUGUUUUUUCUUUGAUCCUGAAGAUGUGUAGAACACUGUGAAUGGAUUCAAGAUUCCAAAAAUAUAUAAAUACAACCUGAGAUUGCUUGGCUUU